AUGAAGACUCUGGAGAGACUCAUCCUGAAGCAGCUCCAGCCUAUGGUCCAACCACUGUUGGACCCCCUUCACUUUGCCUACCAGCCCCAUCUUGGAGUGGACUACGCCAUCAUCUACCUCCUCAACCAAGUCUACACCCACAUGGACAAGCCGGCGAGCACUCAUGUGGACAUUAUGUACAUCUCCGUUGAGACAGCUAUUGCCCUGGUCUCUGUGCUGGGGAAUGUGCUGGUGGUGCUGGUGGUGUGUGUGAACCGGUCUCUCCGCAACACCACCUUCUGCUUCAUUGUGUCUCUGGCCGUGGCUGACAUCGCUGUGGGAGUUUUGGUCAUCCCUCUGGCUAUUAUCCUCACUCUGGAAUUUAACAUUCAGUUCUACACCUGCCUCUUCCUCUCCUGCCUGCUGCUGAUUAUCACUCAGAGCUCCAUCCUCUCCCUGCUGGCUAUUGCUAUUGACCGAUAUCUCAGAGUCAAGAUUCCCACCAGGUACAGCAUCAUAAUGACCCAGAGGAGAGCAUAUGUGGCAGUUUGUCUGUGCUGGAUCGUCUCCUUCCUCUCUGGAUUGGUUCCAAUGAUUGGAUGGAAUAACUACAAUGGCCAAGAAAACUACAACAAUUCCAGCGAGAUUUCCUGCAAAUUCACCAGAGUCAUGAGGAUGGACUACAUGGUGUACUUCAAUUUCUUUGGUUGGGUGGUGGUACCCCUGACCAUAAUGAUUGUUCUGUAUGCAGAGAUCUUUAGGGUGAUCCGGCGGCAGCUUAACCAACGCGCUGAGGCCACUUGUGAUGGAGACAGGUACUAUCGCAAGGAACUGAAGCUGGCCAAAUCCCUGGCUUUGGUGGUCUUCCUCUUUGCUGUGUGUUGGCUGCCUAUACAUAUUGUGAACUGCAUCGACUUCUUCUGCCCAAACUGUUCCAUACCCAAGCCUGUCACAUACAUAGGGAUUUUCAUGUCCCACGUGAACUCAGCCCUUAACCCAAUGGUUUAUGCAUUCAGGAUAAAACGGUUCCAAGUCACGCUAUUCCAGAUCAUUCGCCGUUGCAUGCUGUGUAAACCCACGGUGCCCACCCCGUGCCCCACCGACACUCCAGUCAUGACAGAUAAAGUGGAUGGAAACCGGUAA